ACAUAUCGUGUCACUCGACAAGUGUCAGAGAGUGCAAGUCUUUGCAUGCCACAAUUAUUUGUUAAAUUUGUAAAUAAAAUAUUUGUUACUAUUUUUUUGAUAGGAUGUUAAAGGAAUUGAUUGUGGGAGAUACAACGUUUUUCUUUGAGUGUUCAGUGAAUGGAGAUGUGAUAGAGUAUAUGUUAUAUGAUUCCGUUGAAAAUUGGGUAGCAUCGAAAACGAAAGAGGAAGUGGCGCAGACGUUGCAGCACCUGAAUAAGCGCAUAAAAUUUGAUGUGGCCACUGCUUACGAUACUUUGCAAAAUACGGAACCGGAAUCGGCAAACUGGGCAGAGAGCGACGUUGAAACGAACCAAGUGGAUGUGCAUGCUGCAUGUGAACGUAUUUUGGAACUAAAGUAUCGCGUUAAAGGUUGCCGAUUGAAUUUUGAGUGGUGCUUAAAGCGCCAAGAUAACACUCUUACUAUUCCACUACCCGUUCAUCAAGUUGCCAGUGUAGUAAAUAAAUUGCCGGCGCAAGUUGAAGAGCUACUGGAUGUGUUGCGGCGUAAAGAGGACGAAAUAAAGCAGUAUCGCACCGAAUAUGGAAGUUUGCGCAGAUCCACCGUUGCAACAAAUGCCUUUCAUGUUGAUAAGUUUCGUGAACGAUAUGCUGCAACUGAUAACAAAGUGAAGAUUUUGCAAAAAAUUAUAGCACGUUGGCAAGCGGAGCAUGGGGAAACAGAGUCAGCUCAAGAGGCAGAAACUUCAAUACGCAACAAUGGCAGUCCAACGAAUAGAGUUAAAAUAGAAGAUGCGGAUAAGAGUUCACCAAGUGGCCACAAAAAUGUACGCGAAAGUCCACGCAAUAGAAAACGCAAAGCAAUGCAAAUGCAAAAAGCGCGAAUGACACGCACACUUCAAUCACGCAGACAAAAAUUAGAAUAUGAAAGUCAAAGUCAAACGUUAAGCGAAAGUGAGCAGCCACAAGGAACCGAUGAAGUGAUACCAAAAGUGUCGGAAAAUGUGAUUAACAGUGAUAAUUGCACGGAUGACGCACGAAAUAACGAAAAGAACGCGGAGAAUUAUGGUCAAACCAACAUCAGAUUGCCAACCGAAAAGCUAACAAGCAAUGCAGCGAAAACAGUGCCAAGUCCCAUUAACAAUAGCGCAAGCGAGACUGCAAAGGAGGUAGCAAGUAAAAAACAAAAUUUGUCACCGCGUGUCGUCGAAAGACCGAAUACCCGCCAAAGACGUCGCGAAUGUGCAAUGCAUGAGAAUAAUUCAAUUGAGUUGAAGGUGAUUGAAAACCCUGCACAAAGUGAGGUUUACACGGUGGAUGAGUGUACAGAGCCGGUAAAAAUUAGUGGUGUUACAAGUGUUGUUCCCGAUAAGGCUUCGAAAAGUAAAUGUUUAGCUAAUUCACAAAAAUUAUCAGCAUCACAGUUAGUGCACACAAAGGAGUACCCUAAGAAUGAUAUAAGCGCUUAUGUGGACUCUGUGCUUAGUAAACUGGAUGCAUUGAUAAGGGAUUAGUAAAGUGCUACAAUAAUAACAACAACAACAACAACAACAACAUGAAGAAUUGAAUGCGCAAUGCAAAUGUGCUGGCAUCGAAGGCCAGCGCUACAAACUCACUUGCAAUAAAAGUAGCUCAACCCCUUGCGUUACGAUUAAAUCUCGAAGAAUAGUACGCGUGUAGACAAUUAAAUUUAGCGCAAUUCUAUGAAUGAUUUAUCACAAAAAAAAAAAAAAACUCUUAAAACCGUUAUCUAUAUUAAAGUCAAUUUAGCUAGAAUAUAAAAAAAAUACCAUAAUAAUAUUUUUAUUUUUACAAGUUUAAAGAAAUUCAUGUGAUUCUAAACGUUAAAAUAUACUGCGGGCGACGCCCGUCAAAUUCGAAUUUAGUACAGAAAAUCUUGACGGGCGGGGUCCGUUAUUUCCACUCAAGGGGUUGAAAUGCUAAAUUACUAUUGCGAAAUUGUUGUACAUAUGUGUGUGUGUUUUUAAGAAUUCUAGAAUAUGUAAAUGUUACAGUUUGUAUUUGUCGCAAUUUAUAAUCGAAACAUAGUUUUUGUAAUAUAUCUUAUUAUUUUAUCAAAUAUGUACAAACAAAUUUAACACUUUUUGUAUUUUGUAAUAAAUGAAAUUUAGUUUCAGUCGGAAAUUAAGUUGACUUCCCAA